AGUUUUUAAUAAAUAGUGGUACUAGUAGCGGAAAACGCUUAUUCGUGUUUUCUGCUUCUUCUUCAUCAUCAUCUUCUCUAUAAUCUUCGAGAGAGAUUUGCUGGAUCUCUGAAAAUGGCUUCAAAACUACUGUUGGUUCUAGUAUUCAUCCUUGAUCUCAUAGCUUUUGGUCUUGCUGUUGCAGCUGAACAAAGAAGAAGCACUGCCAUUGUCGUUCAGGAUAAAGACAAAAAUUAUGACUACUGUGUCUAUGACUCGGACAUCUCCACCGGCUUGGGUGUUGGCUCAUUUUUGUUCCUCUUGGCUAGUCAAAUUCUUAUAAUGGUGGCAAGCAGAUGCUUUUGCUGCGGUAAAUCUCUAAGACCUGGUGGUGCAAGAGCAUGGGCAAUCCUCCUAUUCAUUGCUUGCUGGGCAACAUUCUUUAUCGCUGAAAUAUGCUUGCUUGCUGGGUCCGUGAGGAAUGCAUACCACACCAAGUACAGGAAUCACUUUGCAGUCGAGAAGUAUUCUUGCAACACCGUGAGAAAGGGAGUGUUUGGAGCAGGUGCAGCUUUCAUUGUAUUCACAGGGAUACUAACAGAAAUCUACUAUGUUUGCUAUGCAAGAGCGAAGGAUGGUUUCCAAGCACCCUAUGGCAGAGAUACUGGAGUUGGUAUGGGCACCUACAGCUAAUCCUACUUAGCCAGACCACCCAAACAAUUAAGAAAAGCAAAAACAUAGUAAUGUGAAGACUUAGAUUGUUCCGAUUUCUAGAUAGUACUUAUUUUGAGUUGCCAUUUCAUAUAUGCACGUUCAUGGGGAAAUAGAAAGUAUGAUGAAGACAUGUUAUGUGUAAUUUUUGUUCUCUCUGUGUGUUCUUUAUUUUUAUACCCUGAGAUCAGAUGGGAUGAUGUUAUGGUUGUUGUCGUCACGGAUUGGUUCAUUCAUUUUUAUAAACACGAUACUGCUCUGAGAAUUGUUAGUUUUUCAUAACUAUUUUGUUGAUCCUA